CUAUUCUAUCUUUUGAGCUCACCCCCUCCACAACUUACCCGUGCUCACUGGGGGAAAAUAAAGUUUUCUAUAGUUAAAAUGGCCGACAGUCAUAAGAAACAGUUGUAUAUUAUUUGAGUGAUUUUUCGGACACUUUUUUUUGUUUUGUUUUGGAAGACAAACGGAUUCCGGGACUUUGGUCAAAGUUUUUGAAAUGACUUUUGGAAUGGAUUGUUCAACUGAUGACCAAAGUCCACCUCUUAGUGAUCACAUGGGGAGUAAUUGGUUGAAUUGGGAACAUGAGAUCGCUUCUAUCUCAGGUUUAAAUAUAGAGAGCUCCACAGAACUCAACGGGCUCGUGGAAGACAAAGAGAUUGCCGCCAGGGCUGUGGCCUUCGUAGUCAACAGUACACGGAAGGGCAUUGUGCCUCUCUGCGCUGACAUCGCAAACUUACUCAGAGCCAAAAGAUGCCUAGAGAAAAAGGUUUACCUGCUGAAAAGGGAGGUCGAGGCCACUCGGUCGUCUACGUCAGUCAGCUUCCGGACAAGUCAUUCCACCAGCCCAACCCCACCCUUGAUAGACAAAAGCUUGACGGCGGACAUAUCAUGUUUACAGGAAAGAUCUCGGCCCUGUUCACGGUGUAGUCAGUGCUCUAGCAACGUGAGCAACUCUCCUAAACUGGAAUGUACGUACAGCUUCAAAAAUUAUUUGCCAUCACCAGCGUUGUCCAGAGAAGCAUUACGUCGCACGUCUCCAAGGCUUCCACGCCAGCAUCACAAGCUGCCACUUAGUUUGAGCCAGACCCACGUCUGCAGUCUCCAUGCCAGUCAAGAUUUUCACAGCGGCCAAGAAGUGCAACCUGGCAAGCAGACCACCGAGCCAAUCAGAAGUGGCGGGAGGAAGAACUCAUUACCAGAAAUGACCUCUGAACCCAGUGAGGAGGUCAAGAGGAUUAACCCAAAAAUUUCCAAAGAAACACAGUGUAACCUCCCUUUGAGAGAUGAGACACCAAUGGAGGAACAGUUUAUUGAAACUGUUCGUCUGAACUCCAGACUGGCAGAAGAACUUGGCUCAGCUAAAAAGGAAAUAGAAAUACUUAAAGGACGGCUCAAAGAACUUGAGAUGAACCACCUAGCCAAAGAAUGUACCCAGAACCACUUCCAAAGAGAACUUGAUGAGAAGAGCUUCAGUGAUGGGCCCUUGCAUGAGUGUGGCGUUGUACCAAAGUAUAUUGACUCAAUACCCAAACACCUCCACAACAACGACUCGAAGCCUAGGACAAACGGAUUAUCAACAUCAAAAAUUGUGCCCAGAGUUCCUCCCCCUGCAGGAAGUCUUCACUGCGCAGAGCCACUGUAUGGGUGCAAGUGUACAGCCUGUGACGAGGCCAUGGGUGGAGAGCUCCACGCAGCUCUGAGCGCCAGUCUGAAUGAAAACUUGCACAAGUUUGCUGUCAAUUCAAAGGUUAUAGUUCAACUUGGCGAUCAUGUGGUUGUCAAGGGAGAGAAAACAGGACGUAUUCGCUACAUAGGUCACCUGGACAAGAUAGGUCAACCCAACAUGGUGUUUGUAGGACUAGAAUUAGAUGCCCCAGUGGGUCGACAUGAUGGAUAUUUCAACAAAAAGCGCUAUUUCUUCUGCCAAAAGGAUCAUGGGAUAUUUCUUCCACUACAUGAUGUCAUUUGUAAAGUUGAACCGAAGCUAGUCAAUAGUGCAGACAAUGUUAGUGGCAGUGCUGUUUCCAACAACAGCAUGUCAGCUGCUGUCAUGUCACUAAGAAGUUUUGGCAAUACCAAUGAACUGUCCAAAUCGGCCGAAGACUUUGUCCACAUGGUAGGAAUGAGAUCUAGGACCAGGCAAAGCUUUAAGGCCGAGAGUGACAUUAAAAAUCUUGCCAUGAAAUCUGUGGAAAUAGAUGCUAAGAAAUGUGCUGAAGAUUUGGUGUGACCUUGUGCUACGCAUCACGUGACUACAACUAAAAACAACGACUCCACUUCUGGAUGAUCUACUUUGAAGAUACUGAUGCUCUUCAUAAACACUUAACCAGAUCGGGCUUCUUGCUACAUUUCAUUCUUUUGCUUGUUCCAUGUUAUAUACAAAACAGAAUUAACUCCCCUUAUUUGUCUACAGAGCAACGAAAAACACAAGUGAAGAAAAGAAGGUGAAGUUCAAUCAUUAGAUUCCUGACAGUGAAUUGUUCCUGCAGGUCUCACUGAAGACAUUGCCAGUGAAGAUAUACGAGUACAUUGUUAGGCCUUGUCUAACUUAAAAUACUGUAAUGACUCUCAAAGGAUGACAUGUUCCAAUAAAGAUAUUGUCAGUGACUUUGAAGACAUGACAAAGGAAUUCUUUCUGCUUGGCUUACUAAAAAUAAGGUCUUAUUUGUGGAUCCAUUGAAACUUGUUCUAAACAAAAAUUACUCCAAAGACUACCUAUUCAUGUCCUUGUGAAGAAUCAUUUUAAAAAAACAUUGCCACUAUUUAUUUAUUCAUAUAUAUUAAAACUUGACAGUCUGCAGACAACAGGAUGAGAACCAGUUUCUUCAGAAACCAUUUUAUUAGGUGCCUGGAGUAUGUUUGUACUAACGAAACCAUCUUAUGGUCAGUUGUUUUGCAGAAUAGAAAACUUAAUCCUGAAACGUCAGUGUCCUGUAGUAAUCAGUGCAUUAUAAUUGAGCGUUCGUUUCACAAACUACAGAUCUAAUUUUGGUACCGAAUCCCGGUAAAGAUCUCCUUUAAAAAAACAAACUAUUCUUGUGAUCAAGAGGUGCUAAGGACCUAGCAGAAUUGAGGAAACACAAAAUCUGAUUACGUCAUUGUGCUUGCCAUUCAUUAUGUGCUCACCAGUGAAUUCAAUACCCUCUAACUCAAAAGUGUACUUUUAUACUUUGGGCAUCCAAUACUGGAUAUGAAGCGAAACUUGCAUAUCUAAUGAAUGACAGGCUGAGAAUUAUUACUGCCUGGGAAGAAAGAAUGAAAGGUCUACAAACAAGAAUGAAAGGUCUACAAACAAACAAGAAUGAAAGGUCUACAAACAAACAAGAAUGAAAGGUCUACAAACAAGAAUGAAAGGUCUACAAACAAACAAGAAUGAAAGGUCUACAAACAAACAAGAAUGAAAGGUCUACAAACACAAGAAUGAAAGGUCUACAAACAAACAAGAAUGAAAGGUCUACAAACAAAAAAUAAUGAAAGGUCUACAUACAAGAAUGAAAGGUCUACAAACAAGAACGUAACGUGAUAGCAUCUUAAAAAAGAAAAGGUGCUAUCUAUUGGCCCUCUUCUACAGGUGGCUUCACACCAAGAGGAAAAUAGGAAAACAAAACACUGCGUUUAGGUUCUGUUAUGAACAGUGCGCAUCUAGUGUACAUUCGAUAGAGGUGUGCAGCGCCUAAGACGCAGUAUUAUUAUACCUAUAAACUAUAUAUAUAUAUACACAAAAGUGCCUAACUGUUUGCAACAACAGAAUUCACAGGACACAUUAAGUUCCAUGGCAUUACUUGGAGACGUGGUAUGACCUUCAAUUUUCCCGACAGAUAAUGGCAAAACAAUUGUUGUAAAACAUAGGCCUAUAUCUCCCAAUUUCAGCCUAGGCACAGAGGAGAUGACCACUUUGUCUGAGUAUUAUAUAUCUGGGGAUUAGACAGCGAAUUAAGAGCCUAGGUCACUUCUAAACUGCAAAAGUAGAUGACCCAGCUAUGAAAGAUGUCUCUUUUUUUUAAAAAAGUAACUUGACUACUAAUAAAAUGUUUUACUGGCUGAUAAGGCAAAGUGAUAGCCCUCGUCUCUGAGAACGAAAAUGAUGCAUAGAUUGAUAUGUUGAUUGGUCUCUGGAUGUUUGGCUUUUAUAUUAGCCUGUGUUCUUAAGGGAUUACCUGCCUUUAAUUAUAUUGUCUUUCAUCAUUUGUCUGAAGUGAGCUUUGUUAUUGGAAUGUAUUAUGCACAAUUUAUAAUUGACAUUAUGAUUACAUUGAUUAAGUGUCUUAGUGUGUGUCUGAAGCUUUAAGUAAUCUUUAAUCUGUGUCCUGAGUUAGAUCUUUGAUUUUACAUGAAAGAAACGAAUGAAAGCGAUUUGAGUGCUGGAGUAUUGAACCCUAAACCCUUAGGAGUCUAGGAGCACAUAAAAGCGUGCGAUCGAGGCCCUUUCCUUGAUGGGGGUUAUCCAGAACAGACUAUUGUAUCCCAGUGCAGGUUAUUAAGUCAUUGGUUAACAUGCAUGACUAGAUUGACCUAGAAACACGCGUAGGACGUAAUCAUCAUCUUUUUUUUUUUUAAAGUAACGUCUGUAUUUUAUAAGAAAGGAAGAUAAGACAAGGUGGUCCCUUGCCAUGACAAAAUCUAUCCUGUGUGACGUCCAGGCCAUAUUUCGACGGUGGCGCCACCGCGUAGAGAAUUAGUAAACCAUAUAUAAGGUUCAUGACUGUUCCUUGAUUGUUGAGUCGAUCUUCUACGUUUCAGGGAGGUAUUUUUCACCUCAUUCAAAUACGUACACGCACUGUGCGUAGCGGUAGUGUUUAAAUCCAGAACUAUUCAGUCGGUGGUAAGCUUCUGCAUUCAGUCUUUAAAACAACUUUAUGCUGUUGAAAUGUACCUUGCAGAUCUGGGUGCAAUAAGCGCAGUGGUGAGAUACACUACAGAUAUGAAACAAAAAUCUAUUCGGAUUGAGAAGCUGCUAAUAAAAAUAAUUGUGUUGUACUGGCUUAACAUAUUUUAAACCUUGUAUAUUGUAGAUUAUGAAAUUAUUAUUUAAUUAUCUGUUGCCUUAUAGCUUUACACAACGAAUCUCGGCCACCUCUCCAUUUUUUUCUGCAGUGUAUAUGCAUAGGCAUUAGCACCUUUUAUAAAACUUACUUUUAAAAGGGAGAUCAGUCCUUAAUAUCGCAGGCACUAUUUCACACAACCUCAGCAUAUAUAGUCAUAAGUGACUUUAUUACAGCUAUGUUGAUUGGAUGUAUACUUAUGAUAAUGUAUGCUUUACGUUUAGAAAGAUGUUCAUUUUGAGCAUGCAAUAUGCUUCGGCAAGGUCGAUGGGUGAUAAACAAUUUUUGUGUUAACAGAAUGGACUAAUUCAUCUUGCGUGAACAGAAUGGAUUAAUCUAUCUGUUUCGUACUCUGCAAAAGUUGGUUUUUCAGUUUACCUUGUUUGCCAUCCAGUACAGAAGCAUACAUAAGCUUCAUGCAAUGUCCUAUAUAGUUUUUUUUUGUUGUUGUUGUUAUUUAAAUCUAGACAGGACUAUCACAUUCGAUAAUGAGAAAAAAUCCUAGAAUACUUAAAAUAUAAUCUGUAUAACAUACAUCAAGGGGGAUAACAAAGACAAGCAAAGUAAUGUCAUAGUUAUCGUUCUUUUUUUUUUUUUUAAAUUAAGGCAUAAUAAUUUUAUAAAUACUUUGAGAUUUAUCCUAUAUAACUGUAUUAGAUAUUUUGUAGGUCGACUUUCCAUAAAGAGACUCUUCCCUUUAACACCUUAUUUGUCUGCAAAAGAGAUCUCAGCUCAGCAGCAACAAGCUGGCUAGAAGAAGAAGUAACACCUUAUAUAUAUAUCUACUUUUUUGAAUUCUCUCCAUGACCUAUAUAUCUACGAAUGUACCAUUUUACAUCGUCUAGAUAGGUACAUUCAGCAUCUAUUAAGAAUCGGGACAAAAAAAAUACGUGACUAGUUUUGUAGGUCAGGGAUAGGCUGCAGAAAUGAAUAUCUGUGGGGGUUCCGGUGAAAUUGCUUCCGACUGCUGGCCUUCGUCACCACAUCAUAUUACAUUGCUACCCUUCGUUUGUGAUAGCACCCUUUAAACCAGGGGUUCUCAACCUGUGGGUCGCGACCCCUUGAGGGGUCGAUUGACGAUUUGUCAGGGGUCGCCUAAGACCAUCGAAAAUAUGGAUUGUAUUUUGUGUAUUCUUCUAUUGCUGUGUGUGUGUGUGGGGGGGGGGGGGUUGCGUCAGAGUGGGGUAUAGUAAAAAGGGGUCGCCGAGCUUAAAAGGUUGACAACCGAUGCUUUAAACAAAAAAAAAAGUGCUUUUCAGGGUAUCGGAGUGACAAGGCGCCCCGUUCCCCCCAUGAGAAUUGAGGCAUCUCUCUUAGCAGACGGGCGUGGACCAGGAGAUCUUCAUCCCUAAGUCGUAUCUGAAGGUUCCACAAUGCAUAUGACCACUACUGGUUGGAGUCACACCAUAAUGACCAUAUAUACACUAUGUAUAGGUAGCAUUGUUACAGUUAUAUCUAUUACUGAACCCCCCCCCCCCCCAUUUUUUCCGUUUUUUUUUUUAAAGUGAUCUCCUGCCCCCAUUUUAAGACGCCUACACAUUUUAUCGUUUGUGUUGUUAUUAUUUAUAUUGUUUUGUAAAAAGAGGAGAAUGCAAAUUUCAAGUUUUUAAAAAUAAACCCUUAAAGCUCAUAAAAAUGUAUUAAUGUUUUUUUUU